AUGGGCCAGCAGGUCAGUGAGAUCCACCGCUAUACCAGCUCAAAGUCGUCCAAGCUCGACCUUAGCAACGAGAAGCUCGAUCGACGUACCAAGCAGCUCGAGUCCGUCGAGCAGCUGCAACAGACGGCUCUCGAUGAGGUCCGCGCUGUAAAGAAGAUCUCAGGGCGUACAGCGAAGACAGCGAAGAAGGUCAAAUUGCUCACGCGCCCGCUGGUAGAAGUCCUAGCGGAGACCGUCGCGCUAGCGAAGCAAAUCCACCAGGAUUACGCCAAUGACUCUACGAAGAAGCUCAGCAACAUCGAGCACACAAUCAAGAACACCGAGACCAAGGCGACCAUAAGACACCAACAGAAUAUACGCUUUUACCAUUGCCGCAUCUAA